CUGGGAAAGUAAACCUAACCAUAGGUAGUAGUAUUCCUCUACAUUAUGAAAGCUCUACAGUUAUUUUUUGUUUUCAUUCUCUGCAGUACAGCACGUGCAUUAAAUGCCACAGCAAGCUGUACAAUUGACAGGUACGAACAUGUUGAUUCUGUCGUUAGCCAAUGCAAAUCUAUAACUGUUGAAAGCUUUGCAGUACCUGCCGGGCAAACUUUAAAACUACAUUUACAAGCUGGUACUACUCUGACUUUUAAUGGAAAUAUUGCUUUUGCUUACAAGGAGUGGGAUGGUCCACUGAUGUGGAUUAAAGGAAACGGAAUCACGGUACAGGGAACAAACAGUCAUUUGAUAAAUGGUCGUGGAGAGCUUUGGUGGGACGGACAUGGUGGCCACAACAAUAAGAAGAAGCCUCAAUUGAUGAUGAUUCAGGCUAGUGGAAAUUCAGUCUUUAAAAAUAUUAAGGUCAAGAAUUGUCCCCUUACAUGUAUUGGUAUUUCAGAUUCUCACGGCAUCACUCUUCAACAGUGGACUAUUGAUAACAAAGAUGGAGAUACAAAAGGAGGAAUAAAUACUGACGGUUUUGAUAUUGCAAGAUCCGACAAAGUAACGAUAAAAGACAGUACAGUCAUAAACCAAGAUGACUGUAUCUGUGUAAACCAAGGUCAACAUUUAUUAUUCACAAACCUUCAUUGUAUUGGAGGACAUGGACUAAGUAUUGCAGCAGGAUUAUAUAGUACCUAUGAAAUGAACACAGUCUACAACGUAACUUUUACAAACUCUAUACUGGAGAACUCACGUAAUGCCAUUCACAUUAAAACUAUACCAGAUGCUAAUAAAAAGGGCGAAAUCACCAGCAUAACUUACGAUAAUAUUAAGCUUAUAGGAAUCUCGUUUUAUGCCAUUAAUGUACAAGAAGACUAUACCAACGAUGGAUCAACCGGACAUCCUUUGGGAAACAUUCCAGUUAAAGACUUAAAAAUUAAUAAUAUCUAUGGAACGAUGUCUGGUCCAUACGCAGUAAAAGUUUACAUUCUUUGUGGAAGUGGAGGUUGCUCCAAUUGGAAGUGGUCUAACAUCAAUGUCUCAGGAGCAGCUAGGUCAAAUUCUUGUAAUUUUACUCCAAACGGAUUUUCCUGUUAAUAAAUAAUUUAAAACUUCUAAC